AUGUCAACACCUGCAGUGACCGCUACUGGAACAACAACAUCAGCUGAAACGACUCCUGUUGCCACAACUACAUAUGAAACUACUUUUGCUGUGGAAACUAGAACUGUUGCGGGUACAACAACUGAAGAGAUAACAACUGCAACCACUCCUUUAGUUGUGUCUUCAACUGCAACCACUCCUUUAGUUGUGUCUUCAACUGCAACCACUCCUUUAGUUGUGUCUUCAACUGCAACCACUCCUUUAGUUGUGUCUUCAACUGCAACCACUCCUUUAGUUGUGUCUUCAACUGCAACCACUCCUUUAGGGCGUACAACUGCGACCACUUCUUUAGGUCGCACAACAACAGUUUCAUUAGAAACGUCAACACCUGCAAGUACAACAGCUAGAGAGACUACCUUAGCUGAAACAACACUAGCUGCCACAACAUCUUAUGAAACUACUUCUGCUGUGGAAACUAGCACUGUUGCGGGUACUACAACUGAAAAAAUAACAACUGCAACUACUCUUUUGGCUAGCACAACAACAGUUUCAGUGGAAACAUCCACUGUUGAGGAAACCACAUCAGCUAAAACUACACCCAUUACCACAACUCCUAAAACUACGUUUGCUGUGGAAACUAGCACUGUUGCGGGUACUACAACUGAAAAAAUUACAACCGCAACCACUCCUUUAGCUAGCACAACAACCCUUUCAUUAGAAACAUCAACACCUGCAAGAACAACAGUUAGAGAGACUUCGGCUGAAACGACACCCGUCGCCACAACUCCACAUGAAACUACUUUUGCUUUGGGAACUAGCACUGAUGCAGGUACUACAACUGAAGAAAUGACAACCGCAACUACUCCUUUAGCUAGCACAACAACUGCAAACACCCCUUUAGUGAGCACAACUGCAACCACUGCUUUAGUGAGCGUAACUGCAACCACUCCUUUAGUGACCACAACAACAAUUUCAAUGGAAACGUCAACACCUGCAAGUACAACUGCUGGAGAGACUUCAGCUGAAACGACACCCGUCGCCACAACUCCUCAUGAGAAAACAACUGAAAAAAUGACAACCGCAACUACUCCUUUAGCUAGCACAACAACUGCAACCACUCUUAUAGUGAGCACAACAACUGUUUCAUUGGAAACAUCCACUGCUGAAAAAACCACAUCAGCUAAAACUACACCCAUUGCCACAACUCCUUAUGAAACUACUUUUGCUGUGGACACUAGCACCGUUGCAGGUACUACAACUGAAAAAAUGACAACCGCAACUACUCCUUUAGCUAGCACAACAACUGCAACCACUCCUGUAGCUAGCACCACAACGGUUUUGUUAGAAACAUCAACACCUGCAAGAACAACUGUUAGAGAGACUACUUCAGCUGAAAUGAUACCCGUAGCAACAACUACUCAUGAAACUACUUUUGCUGUGGAAAGUAGCACUGUUGCGGGUACAACAACUGAAAAGAUAACAGCUGGAACCACUUCUAUAGUGAGCACAACAACAGUUUCAUUAGAAAAAUCAACACCUGCAAGAACAACUGUUAGAGAGACUACUUCAGCUGAAACGAUACCCGUAGCAACAACUCCUCAUGAAAAUACGUUUGCUGUGGAAACUAGCACUGUUGCAGGUACUACAACUGAAAAAAUGACAACCGCAACUACUCCUUUAGCUAGCACAACAACUGCAACCACUCCUUUAGCUAGCACAACAACUGCAACCACUCCUUUAGCUAGCACAACAACUGCAACCACUCCUUUGGUUAGCACAACAACAGUUUCAUUGGAAACAUCCACUGCUGAAAAAACAACUGUUAGAGAGAUUACUUCAGCUGAAAUGACACCUGUUGUCACAACUUUUCAUAAAACUACUUUUGCUGUGGGAACUAGCACUGUUGCAGGUACUACAACUGAAGAAAGAAUAACAACUGCAACUACUCCUUUAGCUAGCACAACAACUGCAACCACUCCUUUAGCUAGCACAACAACUGCAUCCACUCCUUUAGCUAGCACAACAACUGCAACCACUCCUUUAGCUAGCACAACAACUGCAACCACUCCUUUAGCUAGCACAACAACUGCAACCACUCCUUUAGCGAGCACAACAACCGUUUCAUUGGAAACAUCAACACCUACAAGAACAACUGUUAGACAGACUACUUUGGCCGAAACCACAGUCUUCGCCACUGUUCCAUUUGAUGUGCCUUUUACUGUAGGAACUAGCACUGCUGUGCAUACUGCAACUAAAGAAACAACAUCUGCAACCCCUCCUUUAGUGAGUACAACAAUUUCAUUGGAAACGUCAACACCUGCAAUGACAGCUGCUGGAACAACAACAACAUCAGCUGAAAUGACACCUGUUGCCACAUCUCCUCAUGAAACUGCUUCUGUUGUGAAAACUAGCACUGUUGCGGGUACUACAACUGAAAAAAUAACAACUGCAACUACUCUUUUAGCUAGCACAACAACCGCUUCAUUGGAAACAUCUACACCUGCAAGAACAACUGUUGGAGAGACUACUUCAGCUAAAAUGACACCUGUUGUCACAACUCCUCAUGAAACUACUUUUGCUUUGGGAACUAGCACUACUGCUGGUACUACAACUGAAACAAUUACAACUGCAGCUACUCCUUUAGCUAGCAAAACAACUGCAACCACUCCUUUAGCUAGCACAACUGCAACUUCAUUGGAAAUGUCAACACCUGCAAGAACAACUGUUAGAGAGACUACUUCAGCUAAAAUGACACCUGUUGUCACAACUCCUCAUGAAACUACUUUUGCUGUGGAAACUAUCACUGUUGCACGUACUACAACUGAAAAAAUGACAACUGCAGCUACUCCUUUAGCUAGCAAAACAACUGCAACCACUCCUUUAGCUAGCACAACAACCGUUUCAUUAGAAACAUCAACACCUGCAAGAACAACUGUUAGAGAGACUACUUCAGCUGAAACGAUACCCGUAGCAACAACUCCUCAUGAAACUACUUUUUCUGUGGAAACUAGCACUGUUGCAGGUACUACAACUGAAAAAUUGACAACCGCAACUACUCCUUUAGCUAGCACAACAACUGCAUCCACUCCUUUAGCUAGCACAACAACUGCAACCACUCCUUUAGCUAGCACAACAACUGCAACCACUCCUUUAGCUAGCACAACAACUGCAACCACUCCUUUGGUUAGCACAACAACAGUUUCAUUGGAAACAUCCACUGCUGAAAAAACAACUGUUGGAGAGACUACUUCAGCUGAAAUGACACCUGUUGUCACAACUUCUCAUAAAACUACUUUUGCUGUGGGAACUAGCACUGUUGCAGGUACUACAACUGAAGAAAGAAUAACAACUGCAACUACUCCUUUAGCUAGCACAACAACUGCAACCACUCCUUUAGCUAGCACAACAACUGCAUCCACUCCUUUAGCUAGCACAACAACUGCAACCACUCCUUUAGCUAGCACAACAACUGCAACCACUCCUUUAGCUAGCACAACAACUGCAACCACUCCUUUAGCGAGCACAACAACCGUUUCAUUGGAAACAUCAACACCUACAAGAACAACUGUUAGACAGACUACUUUGGCCGAAACCACAGUCUUCGCCACUGUUCCAUUUGAUGUGCCUUUUACUGUAGGAACUAGCACUGCUGUGCAUACUACAACUAAAGAAACAACAUCUGCAACCCCGCCUUUAGUGAGCACAACAAUUUCAUUGGAAACGUCAACACCUGCAAUGACAGCUGCUGGAACAACAACAUCAGCUGAAAUGACACCUGUUGCCACAUCUCCUUAUGAAACUGCUUCUGUUGUGAAAACUAGCACUGUUGUGGGUACUACAACUGAAAAAAUAACAACUGCAACUACUGUUUUAGCUAGCACAACAACCGCUUCAUUGGAAACCUCUACACCUGCAAGAGCAACUGUUGGAGAGACUACUUCAGCUAAAAUGACACCUGUUGUCACAACUCCUCAUGAAACUACUUUUGCUGUUGAAACUAGCACUACUGCUGGUACUACAACUGAAACAAUUACAACCACAACCACUCCGUUAGCUAGCACAAAAAACGCUUUAUUGGAAACAUCCACUGCUGAAAAAACCACCUCAGCUAAAACUACACCCAUUGCCACUACACCCAUUGCCACAACUCCUCAUGAAACUACUUUUGCUGUGGAAACGAGCACUGUUGCGGAUACUACAACUAAAGAAACAACCGCUGCGACCACUCCUUUGGUGAGCACAACUGCAAUUUAUCCUUUAGCUAGCACAACAACCGCUUCAUUGGAAACAUCUACACCUGCAAGAACAACUGUUGGAGAGACUACUUCAGCUAAAAUGACACCUGUUGUCACAUCUCCUUAUGAAACCGCUUUUGUUGUGGAAACUAGCACUGUUGCACGUACUACAACUGAAAAAAUAACAACUGCAACCACUCCUUUAGCUAGCACAACAACAGCAACUACUCCUUUAGCUAGCACAACAACCGUUUCAUUAGAAACAUCAACACCUGCAAGAACAACUGUUAGAGACACUUCGGCUGAAAUGACACCCGCUGCCACAUCUCCUUAUGAAACUGCUUUUGUUGUGGAAAUUAGCACUGUUGCACGUACUACAACUGAAAAAAUAACAACUGCAACCACUCCUUUAGCUAGCACAACAACAGCAACUACUCCUUUAGCUAGCACAACAACAGUUUCAUUGGAAACAUCCACUGCUGAAAAAACCACCUCAGCUAAAACUACACCCAUUGCCACUACACCCAUUGCCACAACUCCUCAUGAAACUACUUUUGCUGUGGAAACGAGCACUAUUGCGGAUACUACAACUAAAGAAAUAACCGCUGCGACCACUCCUUUGGUGAGCACAACUGCAACUACUCCUUUAGCUAGCACAACAACCGCUUCAUUGGAAACAUCUACACCUGCAAGAACAACUGUUGGAGAGAUUUCGGCUGAAACGACACCCGUCGCCACAACUCCUCAUGAAACUACUUUUGCUGUGGAAACUAGCACUGUUGCAGGUACUACAACUGAAAAAAUGACAACCGUAACUACUCCUUUAGCUAGCACAACAACAGUUUCAUUGGAAACAUCCACUGCUGAAAAAAACACCUCAGCUAAAACUACACCCAUUGCCACUACACCCAUUGCCACAACUCCUCAUGAAACUACUUUUGCUGUGGAAACGAGCACUGUUGCACGUACUACAACUGAAAAAAUAACAACUGCAACCACUCCUUUAGCUAGCACAACAACAGCAACUACUCCUUUAACUAGCACAACAACCGUUUCAUUGGAAACAUCAACACCUGCAAGAACAACUGUUAGAGAGACUACUUCAGCUGAAAUGACACCUGUUGUCACAACUUCUCAUAAAACUACUUUUGCUGUGGGAACUAGCACUGUUGCAGGUACUACAACUGAAGAAAUGAUAACAACUGCAACCACUCCUUUAGCUAGCACAACAACAGUUUCAUUGGAAACAUCCACUGCUGAAAAAAACACCUCAGCUAAAACUACACCCAUUGCCACUACACCCAUUGCCACAACUCCUCAUGAAACUACUUUUGCUGUGGAAACGAGCACUGUUGCAGGUACUACAACUGAAAAAAUGACAACCGUAACUACUCCUUUAGCUAGCACAGCAACGGCAACCACUCCUUUAGCUAGCACAACAACAGUUUCAGUGGAAACAUCCACUGCUGAGGAAACCACAUCAGCUAAAACUACACCCAUUGCCACAACUCCUCAUGAAACUACUUUUGCUGUGGAAACGAGCACUGUUGCAGGUACUACAACUGAAGAAAUGAUAACAACUGCAACCACUCCUUUAGCUAGCACAACAACAGCAACUACUCCUUUAACUAGCACAACAACUGUUUCAUUGGAAACAUCAACACCUGCAAGAACAACUGUUAGAGAGACUACUUUAGCUGAAAUGACACCUGUUGUCACAACUUCUCAUAAAACUACUUUUGCUGUGGGAACUAGCACUGUUGCAGGUACUACAACUGAAACAAUUACAACCGCAACCACUCCUUUAGCUAGCACAAAAACCGCUUUAUUGGAAUCAUCUACACCUGCAAGAACAACUGUUAGAGAGACUUCGGCUGAAACGACACCCGUCGCCACAACUCCUCAUGAAACUACUUUUGCUGUGGAAACUAGCACUGUUGCAGGUACUACAACUGAAAAAAUGACAACCGCAACUACUCCUUUAGCUAGCACAACAAGUGUUUCAUUGGAAACAUCCACUGCUGAAAAAACCACCUCAGCUAAAACUACACCCAUUGCAACUACACCCAUUGCCACAACUCCUCAUGAAACUACUUUUGCUGUGGAAACGAGCACUGUUGCGGAUACUACAACUAAAGAAAUAACAGCUGCAACUACUCCUUUAGCUAGCACAACAACCGUUUCAUUGGAAACAUCAACACCUGCAAGAACAACUGUUAGAGAGACUACUUCAGCUGAAAUGACACCUGUUGUCACAACUUCUCAUAAAACUACUUUUGCUGUGGGAACUAGCACUGUUGCAGGUACUACAACUGAAGAAAUGAUAACAACUGCAACCACCCCUUUAGCUAGCACAACUACAGUUUCAUUGGAAACAUCCACUGCUGUAAAAACCACCUCAGCUAAAACUACACCCAUUGCCACUACACCCAUUGCCACAACUCCUCAUGAAACUACUUUUGCUGUGGAAACGAGCACUGUUGCGGAUACUACAACUAAAGAAAUAACCGUUGCGACCACUAAUUUGGUGAGCACAACUGCAACUACUCCUUUAGCUAGCACAACAACCGCUUCAUUGGAAACAACCGUUGCGACCACUAAUUUGGUGAGCACAACUGCAACUACUCCUUUAGCUAGCACAACAACCGCUUCAUUGGAAACAUCUACACCUGCAAGAGCAACUGUUGGAGAGACUACUUCAGCUAAAAUGACACCUGUUGUCACAACUCCUCAUGAAACUACUUUUGCUUUGGGAACUAGCACUACUGCUGGUACUACAACUGAAACAAUUACAACCGCAACCACUCCUUUAGCUAGCACAAAAAACGCUUUAUUGGAAUCAUCUACACCUGCAAGAACAACUGUUAGAGACACUUCGGCUGAAAUGACACCCGCUGCCACAUCUCCUUAUGAAACUGCUUUUGUUGUGGAAACUAGCACUGUUGCACGUACUACAACUGAAAAAAUAACAGCUGCAACCACUCCUUUGGUGAGCACAACUGCAAGCACUCCUAUAGCUAGCACAACAACCGUUUCAUUGGAAACAUCUACACCUGCAAGAACAACUGUUAGAGACACUUCGGCUGAAAUGACACCCGCUGCCACAUCUCCUUAUGAAACUGCUUUUGCUGUGGGAACUAGCACUGUUGCAGGUACUACAACCGAAGAAAUAACAGCUGCAACCACUCCUUUGGUGAUCACAACAACUGCAACCACUCCUUUAGCUAGCACAACUACAGUUUCAUUGGAAACAUCCACUGCUGUAAAAACCACCUCAGCUAAAACUACACCCAUUGCCACUACACCCAUUGCCACAACUCCUCAUGAAACUACUUUUGCUGUGGAAACGAGCACUGUUGCGGAUACUACAACUAAAGAAAUAACCGCUGCGACCACUCCUUUGGUGAGCACAACUGCAACUAUUCCUUUAGCUAGCACAACAACCGUUUCAUUAGAAACAUCAAUACCUGCAAGAACAACUGUUAGAGACACUUCGGCUGAAAUGACACCCGCUGCCACAUCUCCUUAUGAAACUGCUUUUGUUGUGGAAAUUAGCACUGUUGCACGUACUACAACUGAAAAAAUAACAACUGCAACCACUCCUUUAGCUAGCACAACAACAGCAACUACUCCUUUAGCUAGCACAACAACAGUUUCAUUGGAAACAUCCACUGCUGAAAAAACCACCUCAGCUAAAACUACACCCAUUGCCACUACACCCAUUGCCACAACUCCUCAUGAAACUACUUUUGCUGUGGAAACGAGCACUGUUGCGGAUACUACAACUAAAGAAAUAACCGCUGCGACCACUCCUUUGGUGAGCACAACUGCAACUACUCCUUUAGCUAGCACAACAACCGCUUCAUUGGAAACAUCUACACCUGCAAGAACAACUGUUGGAGAGACUUCGGCUGAAACGACACCCGUCGCCACAACUCCUCAUGAAACUACUUUUGCUGUGGAAACUAGCACUGUUGCAGGUACUACAACUGAAAAAAUGACAACUGUAACUACUCCUUUAGCUAGCACAGCAACGGCAACCACUCCGUUAACUAGCAAAAUAACAGUUUCAGUGGAAACAUCCACUGCUGAGGAAACCACAUCAGCUAAAACUACACCCAUUGCCACAACUCCUCAUGAAACUACUUUUGCUGUGGAAACUAGCACUGUUGCAGGUACUACAACUGAAAAAAUAACAACUGCAACCACUCCUUUAGCUAGCACAACAACCGUUUCAUUGGAAACAUCAACACCUGCAAGAACAACUGUUAGAGAGACUACUUUAGCUGAAAUGACACCUGUUGUCACAACUUCUCAUAAAACUACUUUUGCUGUGGGAACUAGCACUGUUGCAGGUACUACAACUGAAGAAAUGAUAACAACUGCAACCACUCCUUUAGCUAGCACAACAACCGUUUCAUUAGAAACAUCAACACCUGCAAGAACAACUGUUAGAGAGACUACUUUAGCUGAAAUGACACCCGUUGCCACAUCUCCUUAUGAAACUGCUUUUGUUGUGGAAACUAGCACUGUUGCACAUACUACAACUGAAAAAAUAACUGCAACCACUCCUUUAGCGAGCACAACAACAGUUUCAUUGGAAACAUCCACUGCUGAAAAAACCACCUCAGCUAAAACUACACCCAUUGCCACUACACCCAUUGCCAUAACUCCUCAUGAAACUACUUUUGCUGUGGAAACGAGCACUGUUGCAGGUACUACAACUGAAAAAAUGACAACCGUAACUACUCCUUUAGCUAGCACAGCAACGGCAACCACUCCUUUAGCUAGCACAACAACAGUUUCAGUGGAAACAUCCACUGCUGAGGAAACCACAUCAGCUAAAACUACACCCAUUGCCACAACUCCUCAUGAAACUACUUUUGCUGUGGAAACGAGCACUGUUGCAGGUACUACAACUGAAAAAAUGACAACCGUAACUACUCCUUUAGCUAGCACAGCAACGGCAACCACUCCUUUAGCUAGCACAACAACAGUUUCAGUGGAAACAUCCACUGCUGAGGAAACCACAUCAGCUAAAACUACACCCAUUGCCACAACUCCUCAUGAAACUACUUUUGCUGUGGAAACGAGCACUGUUGCAGGUACUACAACUGAAAAAAUGACAACCGUAACUACUCCUUUAGCUAGCACAGCAACGGCAACCACUCCUUUAGCUAGCAUAACAACAGUUUCAGUGGAAACAUCCACUGCUGAGGAAACCACAUCAGCUAAAACUACACCCAUUGCCACAACUCCUCAUGAAACUACUUUUGCUGUGGAAACGAGCACUGUUGCAGGUACUACAACUGAAAAAAUGACAACCGUAACUACUCCUUUAGCUAGCACAGCAACGGCAACCACUCCUUUAGCUAGCACAACAACAGUUUCAGUGGAAACAUCCACUGCUGAGGAAACCACAUCAGCUAAAACUACACCCAUUGCCACAACUCCUCAUGAAACUACUUUUGCUGUGGAAACUAGCACUGUUGCAGGUACUACAACUGAAAAAAUAACAACUGCAACCACUCCUUUAGCUAGCACAACAACCGUUUCAUUGGAAACAUCAACACCUGCAAGAACAACUGUUAGAGACACUUCGGCUGAAAUGACACCCGCUGCCACAUCUCCUUAUGAAACUGCUUUUGUUGUGGAAACUAGCACUGUUGCACGUACUACAACUGAAAAAAUAACAACUGCAACCACUCUUUUAGCUAGCACAACAACAGUUUCAUUGGAAACAUCCACUGCUGAAAAAACCACCUCAGCUAAAACUACACCCAUUGCCACUACACCCAUUGCCACAACUCCUUAUGAAACUACUUUUGCUGUGGAAACGAGCACUGUUGCGGAUACUACAACUAAAGAAAUAACCGCUGCGACCACUCCUUUGGUGAGCACAACUGCAACUACUCCUUCAGCUAGCACAACAACCGCUUCAUUGGAAACAUCUACACCUGCAAGAACAACUGUUGGAGAGACUACUUCAGCUAAAAUGACACCUGUUGUCACAACUCCUCAUGAAACUACUUUUGCUUUGGGAACUAGCACUACUGCUGGUACUACAACUGAAACAAUUACAACCGCAACCACUCCUAUAGCUAGCACAACAACCGUUUCAUUGGAAACAUCAACACCUGCAAGAACAACUGUUAGAGAGACUACUUUAGCUGAAAUGACACCUGUUGUCACAACUUCUCAUAAAACUACUUUUGCUGUGGGAACUAGCACUGUUGCAGGUACUACAACCGAAGAAAUAACAGCUGCAACCACUCCUUUGGUGAUCACAACAACUGCAACCACUCCUUUAGCUAGCACAACUACAGUUUCAUUGGAAACAUCCACUGCUGUAAAAACCACCUCAGCUAAAACUACACCCAUUGCCACUACACCCAUUGCCACAACUCCUCAUGAAACUACUUUUGCUGUGGAAACGAGCACUGUUGCGGAUACUACAACUAAAGAAAUAACCGUUGCGACCACUAAUUUGGUGAGCACAACUGCAACUAUUCCUUUAGCUAGCACAACAACCGUUUCAUUGGAAACAUCAACACCUGCAAGAACAACUGUUAGAGACACUUCGGCUGAAAUGACACCCGCUGCCACAUCUCCUUAUGAAACUGCUUUUGUUGUGGAAACUAGCACUGUUGCAGGUACUACAACUGAAAAAAUAACAGCUGCAACCACUCCUUUGGUGAGCACAACUGCAACUAUUCCUUUAGCUAGCACAACAACAGUUUCAUUGGAAACGUCAACACCUGCAAGAACAACUGUUAGGGAGACUACUUCAGCUGAAACUAUACCUGUUGUCACAACUCCUCUUGAAACUCCUUUUGCUGUGGAAACUAGCACUACUGUGGGUACUACAACCGAAGAAAUAACAGCUGCAACCACUCCUUUGGUGAGCACAACUGCAAGCACUCCUAUAGCUAGCACAACAACGGUUUCAUUGGAAACGUCAACACCUGCAAGAACAACUUUUAGAGAGACUUCAGCUGAAACGACGCCCGUCGCCACAACUCUGCAUGAAACUACUUCUGCUGUGGAAACUAGCAGUGUUGCGGGUACUACAACUGAAAAAAUAACAACUGUAACUACUCCUUUAGCUAGCACAACAGUUUCAUUGGAAACAUCCACUGCUGAAAAAACCACCUCAGCUACAACUACACCCAUUGCCACAACUCCUUAUGAAACUACUUUUGCUGUGGAAACUAGCACUGUUGCGGGUACUACAACCGAAGAAAUAACAGCUGCAACCACUCCUUUGGUGAUCACAACAACUUCAACCACUCCUUUAGCUAGCACAACAACUGUUUCAUUGGAUACAUCAACACCUGCAAUGACAGCUGCUGCAAGCUCAACAUCAGCUGAAACGACAUUUGUUGCCACAACUCCUUAUGAAACUACUUCUCUUAUGGAAACUAGCACUUUUGCGGAUACUACAACCGAAAAAAUAACAACUGCAACUACUCCUUUAGCUAGCACAACAACCGUUUCAUUAGAAACAUCAACACCUGCAAGAACAACUGUUAGAGACACUUCUUCAGCUGAAACGACACCUGUUGUCACAACUUCUCAAGAAACUACUUUUUCUGUGGAAACUAGCACUGUUGCGGGUACUACAACUGAAAUAAUUACAACCACAACCACUCCUUUAGCUAGCACAACAACAGUUUCUGUGGAAACAUCUACUUCUGAAGAAACAACCUCAGCCAAAACUACAUCUAUUGCCACAACUCCUCAUAACACUACGUUUGCCGUGGGAACUAGUACUACUGCUGGUACUACAACUGAAGAAAUAAUAACAACUGCAACCACUCAUUUAGCUAGCACAACAACAGUUCCAUUGGAAGCAUCAACACCUGCAUUUUCAACUGCUAGAGAGAUUACCUCAGCUGAAACUACACCUGUCUUCACAACCUCUUAUGAAACUACCUUUACUGUGGAAACUAGCACUGCUUCAGGUACUACAGAUGAGGAAAUAACUUCUGCAACCAGUCCUUCAGUAAGCACAAUGCCAGUUUCGUUGGAAACAUCCGCCACUGCUUCAGAAACCAUGUCAGCUGAAACCACACAAUCAUAUUAUUUUUAUCAUUAUCCUUGCCUGACAUCUCCAUCCAGUCAUACAGUGAGCACAACACCAGAUUCAUUGGAAACAUCCACCAGUGCUGGAGAAACCACGUCAGCUGAAACUGCACCACCCUAUAAUUUUUAUCAUUAUCCUUGCCUGACAUCUCCAUCCAGUCAUACAGUGAGCACAACACCAGAUUCAUUGGAAACAUCCACCAGUGCUGGAGAAACCACGUCAGCUGAAACUGCACCACCCUAUAAUUUUUAUCAUUAUCCUUGCCUGACAUCUCCAUCCAGUCCUACAGUGAGCACAACACCAGUUUCAUUGGAAACAUCCACCACUGCUGGAGAAACCACGUCAGCUGAAACUGCACCACCCUAUAAUUUUUAUCAUUAUCCUUGCCUAACAUCUCCGUCCAGUCCUACAGUGAGCACAACACCAGUUUCAUUGGAAACAUCCACCACUGCUGAAGAAGCCACAACAGCUGAAUCUGCACCACCCUAUAAUUUUUAUCAUUAUCCUUGCCUAACAUCUCCGUCCAGUCCUACAGUGAGCACAACACCAGUUUCAUUGGAAACAUCCACCAGUGCUGGAGAAACCACGUCAGCUGAAACUGCACCACCCUAUAAUUUUUAUCAUUAUCCUUGCCUACCAUCUCCGUCCACUCCUACAGCGAGCACAACACCAGUUUCAUUGGAAACAUCCACCACUGCUGGAGAAACCACGUCAGCUGAAACUGCACCACCCUAUAAUUUUUAUCAUUAUCCUUGCCUAACAUCUCCGUCCAGUUCUACAGCGAGCCCAACACCAGUUUUAUUGGAAACAUCCACCAGUGCUGGAGAAACCACGUCAGCUGAAACUGCACCACCCUAUAAUUUUUAUCAUUAUCCUUGCCUACCAUCUCCGUCCAGUUCUACAGCGAGCCCAACACCAGUUUUAUUGGAAACAUCCACCAGUGCUGGAGAAACCACGUCAGCUGAAACUGCACCACCCUAUAAUUUUUAUCAUUAUCCUUGCCUGACAUCUCCAUCCAGUCCUACAGUGAGCACAACACCAGAUUCAUUGGAAACGUCCACCACUGCUGGAGAAACCACGUCAGCUGAAACUGCACCACCCUAUAAUUUUUAUCAUUAUCCUUGUCUAACAUCUCCAUCCAGUCCUACAUUGAGAACAACACCAGCUGCAUUGGAAACAUUCACCAGUGCUGAUGAAACCAUGUCAGCUGAAACUGCACCACCCUAUAAUUUUUAUCAUUAUCCUUGCCUGACAUCUCCAUCCAGUCCUACAGUGAGCACAACACCAGAUUCAUUGGAAACGUCCACCACUGCUGGAGAAACCACGUCAGCUGAAACUGCACCACCCUAUAAUUUUUAUCAUUAUCCUUGCCUGACAUCUCCAUCCAGUCCUACAGUGAGCACAACACCAGAUUCAUUGGAAACGUCCACCACUGCUGGAGAAACCACGUCAGCUGAUACUGCACCACCCUAUAAUUUUUAUCAUUAUCCUUGUCUAACAUCUCCGUCCAGUCCUACAUUGAGAACAACACCUGCUGCAUUGGAAACAUUCACCAGUGCUGAUGAAACCAUGUCAGCUGAAACUGCACCACCCUAUAAUUUUUAUCAUUAUCCUUGCCUACCAUCUCCGUCCAGUCCUACAGCGAGCACAACACCAGUUUUAUUGGAAACAUCCACCAGUGCUGGAGAAACCACGUCAGCUGAAACUGCACCACCCUAUAAUUUUUAUCAUUAUCCUUGCCUAACAUCUCCGUCCAGUCCUACAGUCAGAACACCACCAGCUGCGUUGGAAACAUCCACCAGUGCUGAUGAAACCAUGUCAGCUGAAACUGCACCACCCUAUAAUUUUUAUCAUUAUCCUUGCCUGACAUCUCCAUCCAGUCCUACAGUGAGCACAACACCAGUUUCAUUGGAAACAUCCACCACUUCUGGUGACUACGUCAUCUGAAAGUACACCAAUUACACCUUUUAAUAUAUUAUUUUCAUUAUUAUCCUUGCCUAACAAGGACAACUGCUGCAGAAAUGACCUAAGCUGAAACUACAUCCUUACCUACUGCUCCAUUAGAAACGGAAUUUGCUGUGGAAACUAGCACUGCUGCAGGUACUACAUUUGAAGAAAUAACAUCUCCAUCCACUCUUUCCGUGAGGACAGAACCAGUUUCAUUGAAAACAUCCACCACUACUGUUUGUCCAACAGCUGAAAACAGGUUCUGUAAUUAACAUUGGUUUCAAAAGGUGUUUUAGAACUUGGUACAGUUGCUGUUGUGGUCAGCCACCUCAGUUUUAAACCGUAAACAGUUAAUUUACUGUCUGAACAAGUGGUUUGUGAUGUUAUUCAUGGAGUUCUUGUCUUUGUUGAAAUGUCUUUGUUGAAAGGUAGCUUGUCUGCGCUUUUUGCGUGACAACUACAUUUACAUUGUUUUGACCUGAAACUUUACACGUUUUCUGCUUUUUAAUAUUUUAAAAUUCUUUUUCACUGUCUUGCAACUUCAAUCAAUGUAUUGUGUGUCUACAUUGAUUAUACAUUGUGGCUAGCAUUAAACUAAUGUUAAGGUUAUGGUAUUUAAGUUGUAUAUUCUAUAAAUGCUAAUGUGCAAUGUGAAAUAUUAAGAAGUUUUAUUGU